AUGGCACGACAAGCCGCGAUUAGCAAUCAAGAAGAACCUCAGCAACGAGAGCUUCAGGCUGGACAGGCGCUUGAUCGGACUCCAGAAAUCCAGCGUCUGCGAGCUGGUCAAAUCCUGCAUGACACAGAACUCCCCCAUAAACGCACCGGCUUGGCGCCCGUAGCAGGCGACAAGUUUGGAGUGCCUGUCGCAAGAUCCAAUCUUCCCCGGAAGAAGGCCGGGGCGCGCACACGAAGAGUUAACCAGCGGAGAGAGUCGCAACAGUCAGUGGCGUCGACACAGCCUGAACCAUCACCUGUACCUACAUCUGCUUCUAUGGCUUUGCCUGCCUCUGUCCCUGUCCUGGCAUCUUCCUCGAUGGCGACCCAGCGAACCCCUACUGUCCAAGCCCAAGGAGUAGUCGCAGCUCAAGGCGGAAGCGGAGAUGCAAGCGGAGAUGCAAAGGGAGAAAACACCGGCAAGCUCACGCUCAUCUCGGCGGAGCAACUGGAAGACUUGCGUGCCGACCUCAUCGGAUCGGCCAAAGAGAACAGCGACCUCCGCCAUGAGGUUGAGAUGUUGGAGCGAAAGCUGGCCCAGACAGAAAAAGAGAAGCAAGCCUACUGGGAAUGUGGAAUGGAGUGGGCGCGUCGUGAGAAAGCGUUGUAUAUGGAAAUGGAAUACUGGAAGGCGCAAGCGAGAGCUGCGAUAAGAAAUAAUGUUGGCCACAAUGCAGGGGCCGUGCAGGACCACUUUGUCGGUGGUCCCGAUUCUGGUGUUUUCGGCGCGGGUUCUGGCACUGGGUUCGGCUCUGCUGGAAUGGAUGCAUGUCCUAAUGGCCUUUCCGCUGAGGCAGACGGGCUGGAAAGGGAGCGAGAUGUCAUGUGGCGCGUGGACUGA